AUCCAAGCCCGGAACCGAGCCUUCAAAGAAAGGGGUACUUGGCUGUAUGUCUCCUUGCAAUCAUCUGUAAAUGCCUUGGAACAAAUUAGUUCAUUACUAUUAUUAAAGCAUUGAAAGUGUGGGGAGGGGCGAGCUGAGGGAGCUUGCUGGAGAGCCACCCCUAGGAAGUCCCUUAAAAAAAAAAAAUCCCUUAGAGGGGUCCUUAUCCCGGAGGACAGGGCUCAGGACCAGCUGUCAGGGUGGCUGGGUUCCAUCUCCCUCUCUGCCCCUCACCACCCUGUGACCUCUGGCAGUUAAAACAAUCUGAGAAUGAAUUUUUCUCAUCUGUCAAAUAAGGACAGGACCCUCAGUCCUUGCUUUACUAAAAAAAUCGUGGUGGUCAAGUUAAAUACUUAAUACAUGCAGAUGUAAAAAUCUAGAGAAUGGUUUUAAGUUUGUGAGGCAUGACUUACUUCCAUGCACAGGGAAAGUGUAGGCUAGGGGCUUUGGGGGAAUGUUUAGGAACGUCAGGCAGAGUUCCACUUCAGUAAAUCAUGUGUUGUGCAUCUCCUGUGUGCAAGGCCUUGUGGUGGGCUUUGCAGAGGAAUCAGAGAUGACACGGACACACUUCUUAAUCCUGGGGGGUAGUUCAUUGUCCAGUGGGGGAAUUACAAGAUGGGCUGUAAGGCAGGGCCCAAUUGAUGCCAUCAGGGAGGUUCACACCAUGGGCUAGAUAAGUGGUCCUAAAUCUUGCUUGCACACUGGAAUCACUCCAGAGCUUUCAAAGAUAGUAAGGCCUGGGUCCAAAGAAAGGGAUUCUCAUUCAGUAGAUUUUGGCCAUAGCCUGGGCAUAAAGAUUCAAAAAGUCCCCAGGUGGUUUUAAUAAAUAGCCACUUUUGAGGACCACUAGCUAGAUGUUCCAAAGACCAAGAGAGGUGUGUGGGGAUGAGGCGAAGCUUUCAGGUUGACAUUAUUGUUAUUGUUACUCUUACAUAAUUCACAAACUGUAAAAUUCUCAUUUAAAAAUUCCCCUUUGAAGUGUACAAUUCGCUGGUUUUUAGUGUAUUCACCAGGUUGUGCAACCAUCACCACUAUGCAAUUAGAAUGAUCUUUAAGGAUGUAGAAAGGUCUGAUGAUGGGCCACAAGGCAGAGGUGAGUAAGACUGCUGCAGCAGUGGUUUCCCGGUGGACAGGGUAAGAUUGGAGGAGCCCAUUUCUGACAGCAAAUUAGGGGAGAUGUCACCAGGGAAAUUGGCUGUGAUGCCAGGUAGCAGGUUGGCGCUGCUGUGCUGGGCUUUCCAAGGUAGGACAGAGGCGCUAUGUGUUGAAUUUAGCAGAUGGGGACCCGUAGAUGGCUUUGGAAUGCUGGGGUUUUAUCUGGUGCAGGCAUGGUUUUCAGGAGUCUGUGCAGUAUUUAUUGUAGGCUGAAAUGAGAUGAAAGCCUGGACUUGGGUGGUGGUAGAGGGUUUGGAAAAGGGGUGGAGGAGCUGCCUUUGAGUACAUGAGAGGCAAGAGAAAGGGAGAGUCAGAGGGGAUCUAGGAUGGUGAUGCUGAUGAAAGCAAUAGGGGCGGGAGAAACUUGUGUUGUGGGAUAGAUCCAAGGUUUCCUUGUAGACUUGUUGGGAUUGAGGGCAUUGGGCCUUGGAGACACAGAUAACCCUAAGGAGGAUUGGUGAAUCUCCAGACGGUUGGUGUUGGCGUGGACCAUGAGGAGUCACCUCGCUGGUCUUGUAAUCACCCAGGGGCUGCCUAGGGAGGCGGCCCUGGGCCAGCACAGACACUUCCGGGAUGUGGCCAGAAGCAGGAAGCCUGGUGAAUCUGAGACGCUGAGAGGAGUAGGGUAUUAUGGUGGCAGUAACGUCUCAGGGAAUUUGGAGUCUGAUUUAAUUGUGGAAGGUGCUUCUGAGAGGCAGGGGUGGCUGAAAUGGGAAACAGGGGGUCAGUGGUGACAUUGACAGUAAGGUUGUGAGCAGUUCAGGGAGGGCGUGUUGAAUAAUCAGGGGGUUGCCUGGUGUUGAAAUUUAUCCUGGAAGACAAGGGAGAGCGAGGCAGCAGCGUGGGGUGGCCUGGGUAAGGUAGCUUGCUUGGGAAGACUAGGGCUGCUUCAUAAGACGGUGUUGCCAUUAGGCGAGAGUGGCGGUGAUCUGGUCGUGCUUCUGGGAUUAGAGGCGGAGGCGUUCCUUGUUUGUGCCCGUCACGGUGGUAAUAGGCUCACUUGAACUUCCUAUUGGGUAGUACAAGUGUAGCUCCGCCCUGUGAACUCAGGAUUGGUUGAAAGUCGGCGGGUUGGCUUUUGGGGCUCCGGCAGGUAUUGAAGACCAAGUGUACCCGGCCGGUGGCAGCACUUUGAGCUGAGCUUCUUCUGGGAUCUUGGCGGCCUUGACCGUGAUGGGCUCGUGCUGCGUCUUUCCGGUCCUAUUCUGGGCUGCCGUUUUUGCACUCCUGGGCCCUACCUCUGGACACUACAGUCUUCUUUAUCAAAUCAAGGUGAUCUCCCAGGAUGGAUUUAUCGAACCAGGAUUCCUGGCUGAAGGAUAUUUAAAUGGAAAGCCCUACCUGCACUAUGAUCAUAAGAAAGAUAGGGCAGAGCCCCGGGGGCCUUGGGCAGAAGCCCACCUGGGAGCUGAGACCUGGGACGCAGAGAACAAGGACUUGACAGACAUGGGAAAGAAACUAAGAAUGACUCUGUCAGACAUCAUGAAGCUGCAGGAUCAGAAAGGAGGCUUGCAUUCCUUUCAGGAGAUGCUGCACUGUGAGAUCCAGGAAGACUAUAGCUCCAUGGGCAUCUGGGAUUACUGCUACGAUGGGGAGCCAUUCCUCUCCUAUGACCCGGGGACCCAGAGAUGGACGGUUCCCCUGUCCUCAACCCAGACCUUGGCACUGGAAAUCAAGAAGACAUGGGAUACAGAUGGGGAUAAACACAAAUAUUACCAUCACCAUGUGCAGGGAGAUAUUUGCAAAAGACUGCGGAGCUACUCAACCUCUGGCAGAAACUUCAUGGAGAGGACAGUGCCCCCAGCAGUGAACGUGACUGUCAGUAAGGCCGUGAAAGGCAACGUCACCCUGAUGUGCAGGGCUGCUGGCUUCUAUCCUCGGAAAAUCACACUGACCUGGCUUCAGGAUGGGGAACCCCUAAGCACGGACUCCCAGAACCACGGGUGUAUCCUGCCAGAUGGAAAUGGGACCUAUGAGACCUGGGUGUCCACAAGGCUCCCCCAAGGAGAGGAGCAGAGGUACAGCUGCCAAGUGGAACACAGUGGGAAGAACGUUACACAGCCUGUGAGCAAUGGUGGGUCCUCAGUACAAGAGAGUGGUGUACUGAAGCCAAUCGUUCUUGCUGCUGUUGGUGUUCUUGCUGUUGCUGCUAUUGUUUUUGUCCUUUGGCGGUACAAGAAGGAGAAAUCCCCAGAUGUGGAAAGCCCAGAGCAUGAGCAGCUACAAGACUCGCACCGACACCAGAAGGCAACAGGAGACCAAAAUGGCACUAUGGAGCUGGGCUCUCAUCCUCUGCUGUCAGAUUCUGAGUUAGUUGGUUCAACUGGGGGACCAAAGAGUCUGCAGCCAAGCACCCUGGAUUCAACCCCUUGCUAGCACUUCCCCAUUUAGGAACUUAAGUUUCCUGAUCUGUGAAAAAGGAAGAAUGAAGCACUGACAGUAAUAAAUUGUCUGGCCUAUGGACAGUUUAUUCUUAAGAACAGACUACUGUAAAGCCUGUUGUAUUAAAUUUUUAAGUUACUGUAUUAUUAUUAUUAUUUUUAUGUAUUAUUAUUAUUGCAUAUUAUAUUUAAGAUAUUUUGGUGUAUUUGGAAAUGUUUCUUAAGUGUUUUAUAUAAAUAAAAAAACUGCAAGGUAAAAUAUAUACUAUAUUUUUGACUGAGAAUGCUAAAUAAGAACCAUAUGUGCCUGUUUUGACUCACCUACAAAUUCGAGUUAAAGACAAACUCAGGAACAGAUCUCAUUUAUAACCCAGGGACUGCCUGUAUUUCCUCGUGUAAUCCCGAGGAUUAAAAGUGUGAGGUGUUUACAACCAGUCCCUGUUAGUUAUCAUUAUUUUUGUCAUUGUUAUCAUAAAUUAGCUUUGUCCAUAGUCUUUUUUCUGUUACACCUCUUUCUGAGCAGCCUGUUCCCAGCUGCUCUGAACCCUGAGGACCCUCACUCCCUAUCAUAAUUGUGCAUUAUCAUUUGUACUGUGUCUAUAUGAUUUUAUGUUAUCAAUAUUUAAAUGUUCUUUAAAUAUACAUAUCCAGCUCUGUGUUUGAUUUCUUGUAUCCGGGAGGGCACAGAGCAUGGGAUUUGGGGAGAAGAACUGUGUCUCAAUUCUUUGACCCAGCACUGAGAAACCCUCUUCUCUUUGACUGACAGAAUCACUGCAAAGCAAAAAGCAUUGGGAUAGGAUGGAAUGGGAUGCUCUGGGGCCAAAACUGGGGAGCUGACCCUGUGUGGGGAGGAAGCAGCCUGAAGAGUUGGAGCCCUCAUGUGAUAGAGCAGAGGUGAUGUGUGAUAUCAGGAGAGGGAGGUAUCCCGAUUAUGAAAAAUAGAGUCACUCUGUUUCUGGCAUGAAGUGACUAAAAAUGACUGGAAAGGUGUAAGCUGACUUAGUGAAAGAAUAAAUGAACCCAGAACGUGGGUGAGCAAAUCAAUCAUCAUGACCUCUCGCUCCACCAACGCAGAGUGAUUUGGGCAGGGGAGGUGGAGGUGAGGUGUUCCCCCUCCAAUUACUCUGUCCUUCCUGACCCCAGGUCUGGGACACAAAAAAGGGUGAGGUUCUUCUUGGCCAGGGCAACCUUAGCCCCAUCCAGGUAAGGAAAUGGGGCAGAGUCUGAGAGGGGCCCCUCCUAAGCCAGCUCUAGUCAGAGGAGGGAGCCAGGAGUCGACGUCAGGGAGGAUGUCAUUCACACAUUGUGCAGGCGUGCUAAUUCACUGAAGAGUUCUUGCAUUUAGUCAAACCUCAAGUGUCAUUGGUUGCACUCAAUCAUCAUUAAGCACAGCACUUUCAUACUCAUUCAAUGUUUUUAUUUUAAUCAAAGUUAUAGUGGCCCAUAUUUUAAAGAGUCAAAUAUCUGUGUAAGAUUUCUCACAAAAAAUAGUUCUCUUGGCCGUGUCUCGGUUUCUGCCUUCCUAGAGGCAGCUGCUUUGAAUGCUUUUAGCUGAUUCUUUUGAUUUUUACUUCCAUAUCUCUAAAUACCAGGUCUUUACUACUGCUUCUGUAUUGUUCAGUUCUACCCAUUGUCCAUUGCAUCGCAAAGUAGCAGGUGCAAAAGUUAAUAGUUACUGUUCUUUUUCACUCUACCCAUUCCUGUGUCUUCCCAACAUAUGUAUAUCGUGAGUAUAUUUCCUUUUUCAUGACAAAUGCCAUCUUACGUUAACUCUACUUCUCACUUUCUGCAAAUCUUAUUGUCCUCUUUAAGGUUAAUACUUGUUAUUCUUUUUGCUUGAUUAUUUCCAAUGUAGCUCUCACUAAUUCAACCUUGUUAUUUUUUUUCUCUCUGUGUGACUCUUUCUAUAAAUUAGGGUACUGUCUUUGGCUGGGUUCUCUAGAGGAGCAAGACCAGUGAAGCACACACAUACAUAUAUAUCUACAUAUAUACGUAUAUAGAGAGAGAGACGGAGAGAUUUAAUUCAAGAAAAUGGCUCAUGCAGUUGAAGAGGUUGGCAAGUCCCAAAUCCAUGGGUCAGGCAUCAGGCUGAAAGCUUCUCCUGACUCAUGUGGUUGUAGGGGCUGGUGAACCCAAAAUAUGCAGGUUAGACAGUAGGCUGUUUGCUUACUGGGCUGCAGGAGCUGGUGAAUACCAAAAUGUACAGGUCAAAUGGCAGGCUACUGGUUCAAAGGAUUUCCAGAGCUGAUGAAUCCCACAAUUUGCAGAUCAGACGGGAGCCUGAUGGUUCCUGUCUCAAGAACCAGAGAUGAGAGAAUGACAAGUUGGAUGGAGGAUCCAGAGAGAGUGACCUUUGCUAGAUCAUCCAUAUGCUGUAUAUUGGAUAUGAGCCACACCGCCAAGGAAACACCCUUUUCAACUGGUUGGCUACUCAUAUCAGGAAAUAGGGGACUGACUACAUCAGAUCACAAAAUGGAGGAUGAUUACACCAUUACAUAGCUGCCAAACCACUGAGAAUCAUGGCCCAGCAAAGUUGACACACAACCUUAACCAUCACAGCUACUUUGAAUAUUCUACCAGUUUUACCUCCUUGGAAAUAUCCCUCCUGGGCCCUCUGAUGUGCUCCCUCCUGCACUGGAGACUUCUGCACCUGGAGCAGACCCACUAUCCUAGGAUGUCCUUCCACCACCUCCCAGGAGAGUGCUUUUAUGUUAUGAUUCACCUGGCAUCCUACUAAAUUGUAGACUGUUUCAAAAUGUUAGGAGUAGGGCCUAUGAGCCUACCUUUCCAACCAGUUUCAGGUGAUAUUGAUGCUGCUGGUCUGCAGGUUUUGCAAGCAUCUCUCUUGUCUGUCUUCUGUUGUGUGUCCAAUUGUCUGUAUCAUAUGUCUUUCUCUUCUUUUACAUAUUUUCAGAUUUUGGUGGAAUUAAUAUUUUGGUAGCUUAUUUUUAAAAAAAUAUUUUAUUUAUUUUUGGUGACAAUAUACACAACCAAACACACAUCCAUUCACAAUUUCUACAUGACAAGCUCAAUAACAUUGGUUACAUACUUCAUGUUGUGUCACCAUUCAUAAAUCUCUACCCACAUUGUUUCAUCAGCAUUACUUUAGGCUCCCUGCCCCUUAAAGCUCUCAUCUGUGCUUUAGAUUAACUGCUGUCAGUUUACACUCAUCUAGAUAAUUCUUCAUAAAAGUGCUAUGCCAGAAGUAAACUUUCUUGUUGUUUACUAUAAUGAUGGCUUCAUGGGAUAGUUUUAGUUCAAGGUUUAAAGGUUAUUUCCAGGCAUUAGAUUUAGGAGUUCCCCCAGUCUCAAUGAACCCGCUAAGUCAGGUUUCCACAUGAGGUUGAAGUUCUAUUCCACAUUUUCCCUCCUUUUGAUCAGGAUCCAUUUAUUGAGUCCUUAAUCAAAAUAUUCGGUAAUGGUAGCUGAACACCAUCCAUUUCUUCUGGCCUCAUGGUAAUGAGUGAAUAAGAAAGACUAUAGAAGAAUUGACGCCUUUGAAUAGUGGUGUUGGUGAAGCAUAUUGGAUAUACCAUGGACUGCCAGAAGAAUGAACAAAUCUGUCUUGGAAGAAGUACAACCAGAAUGCUCCUUAGAAGCAAAGAUGGCGAGACUAUGUCUCACAUAUUUUGGACAUGUUAUCAGUAGGGAUCAGUCCCUGGAGAAGGACAUCGUACUUGGUAAAGUAGAUGGUCUUCGAAAAAGAGGAAGAACCUCAACAAGAUGGGUUAAUACAGUGGCUACAACAAUGGGCUCGAGCAAGCAAUGAUUGUAACCAUGCAGUUAUUGGUUCUGUUAUACAUCAGGUUGCUAUGAGUUGGAACCGACUUGACGGCACCCAACAACAGCAACAGCAACACAGUAAGGAAGGUAGUAGUUUAUGGAGGCAAUUAAACUUGCAGUCCUUUUCCUUCUCCAAAUCCUGAGUCUCCUUCCUUUGCUGCUCCAGAUGAAUAGAGACCAAUUGUCUCUUGUGUGGCCACUCUCAAGCUUUUAAGACUUCUGGUAGCUUCUUGGGAUAAUAUACGUAUGUUAUAUUUGCAUGUUUCAAGAUGUCUAUCAUAGUUGUUCUGCUUGAUUAAUAGCUUGGCUGAGUACACAAUUCUAUGCCUGAAAUUAUUUUCCCUUGGAAUUUUGCUUGUUAUGUUUAUUUCUUCCCUUGAGGAAAAGCAGAUGACUCAGGCAUUUACAGUGUAAAAAUAUCAUUUCAGGGCUGCUCACAGUUUUGGGGGAGUAGUUGAGAUUCAUUGUUAUUGUAUUUGUUGCUUUAAAAACUGACAUUUCAAGGAGGGAGAAAACUUCACAUUCAGAGAAUACAGGUGAGGAGCAACCUGGGCAACCAGAAAUGAAAUGGUAGGACUCAGAUUUUCCAAGGUAAGGACUACUUUUUUUCUUCUUAAUAUAUCCUUCUUUCCUUCCCACCAGGCCAGUUAUAAGCCAGGUUAGGGCGUGGGGCUCUUGGUGGAUUGAUUUGGUGCAAUGUUCUUUUUCUGUGGAGAAGGAUAGAGCAGCAGUUAGGUGUCAGGCAUGACUUCAAUUCUCAUCAUUCUGGAAAACUGAACUAACAAGGUUUCGGAAGACUCUGGUCUUCGUCUCUUCUUCCCCUAAAUUGGUUUGUAAUUCAGAGCCUUACUUCAUUCUCUUGGCUUCAUUUUAAUCAUCUUUGCAUGAGAAUCAAUGAUUCCUGUUUGAACUACAUCACAGGAUUUAAGACCAGAGGGAAUGGAGGAAAGGUUAAGGUUGUGGAGUUCACCCCAAGCCCACAUUUGCAGAUGAUUUCUACUUGCCUACCCUCCCUGUGGAAACCCUGGUGGCAUCGUCGUUGAGUGCUACAGCUGCUAACCAAACGGUUGGCAGUUUGAAUCCGCCAGGCGCUCCUUGGAAACUCUAUGGGGCAGUUCUACUCUGUCCUAUAGGGUCGCUAUGAGUCGGAAUCGACUCGAGGGCACUGGGUUUGUUUUUUUGUGUGUGUUUACCCUCUCUGCAAGCCUAGCUAAGCCCCUUGUAUCCUUGCCUUAAGUUCUCAGUGGGGAGCCUUUGUAGUUUGGCUCCUGCCUGGACGUGCAGUGAAGGAGGAGAGAGCAAGUCAGAGAUUCUCCACCCUCGCCUCUUGUGACUGCAUCAUGUUGUGCCGAAAUUCUUUCACAAUACACUUUCCCAGACAUUUUUGUACAGCCGAUGUCUGUGCCUAUUUUUUUUGGAAGACCCAUCAUGGAGUGGGGGUGAUUUGCAUCCCCAAUGAUACUCUGUGAAAUAAUUUUUCUUUUCAUGGAAAACAGGUGAGAUUGACAGACUGUGACUCCUAUCUUUUUCCCUUUAAGCAAUGUAUCUAUCACUAUGUCUACCUUUACUUAGAACAUUUGUACCAGCAAAAAAUUAGCAAGAUUAAUGUCAUGAACUCCAAGUUAUUGUUACCCAAGUCAACAAUUAUCAACAUUCAUCUCAUUACAUAUCUGUUCUCACCUUAUUUGCCUGACUCUUUCCCAGCACAUGACAGGCAUCAUUCAACAGGUCUUUGUGGCCCAUCCGUGAGAUAAACUCCACAACUGUAAAGGAAAGAAGGACAUGUAACACCUAUAAAUUGUUAGCUAAAACCUCUUUUGUUAUAAAUCAUGUUUGCUUGCUUGUGAUGAAUUUCUAAAUAUUAGAGAGCAGUUUGUCUUUCAUCGUGCCAAAAUAUUGCUAUUGUUGUUUUUAGCUGCUGUCGAAUAAGCCCCUGAUUCAUGGCAACCCCAAGCACGAUGGGAAGACUUCAGAUUGCAUCAGUUUUUCAUAUAGUUUUUAUUAGCUAAUUUUCAAAAGUUGAUUGCCAGGACAUUUCUCCUAGUCUAUCUUAGUCAGGAAGCUUCAGCAUCAUAGCAACAUGAAACCCUCCAUGAGAAUGUCUUAGUUGGAUUACACCCCCUUACUCUGCCCUGAAUUGAUAAAGUAAUGGAAACAUUCCCCCUCAGUCUAGGUCUUGUUUAGAUAGUUGAGGAAGAUCACCUCCAAGAACAGAAGAGGAAAUCUAUUGGAUCUCUGUUUGACACUGCAUUUAAUGGUGAAUAAAGUGAUCAUGUGGGAUGUGAGGAAGAGGGUAAAGGGGGGUUAACGGUGAUGGAAAAAUAGCAUUGAUUAAGGGUAGGGUUGCACGGCCGAUUAUUGUAAUUGCUGUCCAUAAGUUGUACACCUGUAAAAAGUCAAAUUGGCAAAAGUUGUGUGAUAGGCGUAUUUACAAAAUAAUAAUAAUAAUAAUAAUAGCUGCUGAAGCUGCUUACUAGUAUGUACAACCAAACGCCUCAUGGGAUUUUGUUUUUUGGUUUGGAGAUUUUAGGGUCAUGGUUUCACGGAACAUCCCAGUUAAUUGGCCUUACAACGUGUUUAGUGCUUCUGUUCUACUUCCCAGUUUGUUGUGUAGUGCCCGGGGACUUAAAAACUUGCAAGCACCCACUCAGGGCACAGAAUUGGCCUCUAUUCACCUGGAGCAACAGAGGAAGAAGGAGAAUCAGGAAUAGGAGGGUAUGGAAUGCUUGGGUAAUUGCCUCAACGAACAACUACCUGCUUUGCCAUGAGAUCAGAAGAACUGAAUGGUGCCCAGCUACCAUUGCUAAACACAUUGAUCAAAGAUUCCAUAAAAGAAUCCAGGUCCAAAGGGGGACAUGUAGAACAGAAUUUCAAAUUCUUAUGGACUCUUAAACUUUCUGGAGCCACGAACCCCUGAAACUAUUGCCUUGAGAUAAUCUUUAAACCUUAAACCAAAAAUAUACCCUGAAGUCAUCUUAAAACUGAAUAAUAGUUCAGCUUAACUAGUAAAAAUGCAUGCCUUGAACAUCAUGCUCUUUUAGAACUAUAUAUGGAAUCAAAUGGACAAUGGCAACUCAAAAAAUUAGGUAGGAACUUUAGGGGUCAGUGAGUUUAUGUGAAUGAGGGAGGAACAACUCACAAAAAGAGGUUGAGAAUGGUUGCACAACUAGAACAAUGUAGUCAAUGUCACUACAUUAUACAUGUAGAAAGGAAUUGGUAGAUAUUUUGCUGCGUAUAUGAACAACAACAACAACAAAAUAAAUAAAUAAAAUUUAGGAAAAUAAAAGUCACUGUAUAACUUGUGUCUAGUUGUGGUGUCUCUCAUUAUCCUGUAAUUUCAUUGUAACUGUACUUAUCAAAAGAAUCACAGAAAGGGUCUGCCCAGAAAGGAAAGUUGUGAUGGUUAAGAUUGUGUGUCAACUUGGCUGAGCCAUGAUUCUCAGUGUUUAUAUGUAAUCAUCCUCAUGAUUGAAUCUGCUGUGCGUAGCCAAUCAGUUGAGAGGGAGUUUCCAUUGGGGGUGUGGCCUGCAUCCGAAUAAAAGCAGACCUCCCUUUUUUGCUUACCCUGAAUCCUGUGCUGCUUCCAGUUUGUCUGACCUCCAGGUCUUGGGACUUGAGCUAUCAGCUUAUCUGCAGAUCUUGGAAUUCGAGGAUCUUCACAGCCUGAGAGCAGGAGUCCCACUCUCUGACAUGCCAGUCUUGGGUUUGCCAGCCCCUGUGGCUAUGUGAAUUGAGAGAAGCCUCUAUCCUGAUAAAUGGACUUGGAACGUUUCAGCCUCUGCAAUUGUGUAAGCCGUUUCCUUGAUAUAAAUCUCUCUCUAUGUAUAUUUAUACACUUUACUGGCUUUGAUUCCCUAGAGAAUCCAGCCUAAGACAAUAAAGUCAUCCCAAAAAUUGUAGCCCUGUGACACCAGAGCCCUCACUGCUGUUUUCAUUUAUUUAUUUUUUAAAUUUUAUGGUGCUUUGGGUGAAAGUUUACAGCUCAAGUUAAUUUCUCAUUCAAAAAUUUAUACACAUAUUGUUUUGUGACAUUGGUUCUAAUCCCCUCAAUG